GUUGCUACUUUUCGGUGUGAGACAUUCCAGCUUCUCUUCCCCUUCCGUGAGUUCCUCCUUCCAUCUCAGAGACCCUGCUGGCCCCACGGGCGGCCACCGCUGCAUCUCCCGCGCCUCCAGGGUGCUGUGCGCGUGCGCGCGCGGGCAGACGCGGGCGCGUGGCCGUCGGGUCCCCGCGCUCCCUCCCCCUCCCGCUCCUCUAUAACUUGGCUGGCUCGGGGGAGGCGCCGCCGGAGUCGGAGGGCGGGGAGCUCGGAGGAGGGAGCUCGAGAGUUGUGGAGACUAGUGACUAGCAGAAGUAGCAGCCUGCUCUGGUAGGCUCCUGGCCGCUCCUGGUCUCUCUUACACGCCUACUCCGCCUGCCCCAGCCCGCGCCCUUGCUCCUUCUCUGGUCCGGGGCCUCUGCCAGUCGCUCUCCGGACUUCGGCGCGGCGGGGGCGCCCCGGGGGUGCCCUCGCCCUCCGGGUGCGGGCUGAGGGCGGCGGGCGGGAUGUGGCGCCUGGUGCCCCCGAAGCUGGGCCGCCUGUCCCGCUCGCUGAAGCUGGCGGCUCUGGGCAGCCUGUUGGUGCUGAUGGUGCUGCAUUCGCCGUCGCUGCUCGCCUCCUGGCAGCGCAACGAGCUGGCCGACCGGCGCUUUCUGCAGCUCAAUAAGUGUCCGGCGUGCUUCGGUACGAGCUGGUGCCGCCGCUUCCUCAACGGGCAGGUAGUGUUCGAGGCGUGGGGUCGCCUGCGCCUGCUGGACUUCCUCAACGUGAAGAACGUCUACUUCGCGCAGUACGGCGAGCCCCGCGAGGGCGGCCGCCGCCGAGUGGUGCUCAAGCGCCUCGGCUCGCAGCGCGAGCUGGCGCAGCUCGACCAGAGCAUCUGCAAGCGGGCCACCGGUCGGCCCCGCUGCGACCUGCUCCAGGCCAUGCCCCGCACCGAAUUCGCGCGCCUCAACGGCGACGUGCGGCUGCUCACGCCGGAGGCGGUGGAAGGCUGGUCUGAUCUGGUGCACUGCCCCUCGCAGCGCCUGCUGGACCGCCUGGUGCGCCGCUACGCAGAGACCAAGGAUUCGGGCAGCUUCCUGCUCCGUAACCUCAAGGACUCCGAACGCAUGCAGCUGCUGCUGACCCUGGCCUUCAACCCCGAGCCGCUAGUGCUACAGAGUUUUCCAUCUGAUGAAGGUUGGCCAUUUGCAAAAUAUCUUGGAGCUUGUGGAAGAAUGGUGGCUGUAAAUUAUGUUGGAGAAGAACUGUGGAGUUUCUUUAAUGCACCAUGGGAGAAACGAGUUGACCUCGCUUGGCAAUUAAUGGAAAUUGCAGAGCAGCUUACAAACAAUGACUUUGAAUUUGCACUCUACCUCCUGGACGUCAGCUUUGACAAUUUUGCAGUUGGUCCUAGAGAUGGGAAGGUAAUCAUUGUGGAUGCUGAAAAUGUUUUGGUUGCUGACAAAAGGUUAAUUAGACAAAAUAAGCCUGAAAAUUGGGAUGUGUGGUACGAAAGCAAAUUUGAUGACUGUGAUAAGGAGGCUUGCUUAUCAUUUUCAAAAGAAAUUCUUUGUGCUCGUGUCACUGUGGACCACAAUUAUUAUGCUGUUUGUCAGAACCUUUUAUUUAGACAUGCCACCUGGCGUGGCACUUCUGGAGGACUCCUUCAUGAUCCACCAAGUGAAAUUGCCAAAGAUGGCCGGCUAGAGGCCUUGCUGGAUGAGUGUGCCAACCCAAAGAAGCGCUAUGGCAGAUUCCACGCUGCAAAAGAACUGCGUGAAUAUCUAGCACAAUUAAGUAACAAUGUGAGGUAGUCUAUGGUGAACCUUUCUUUUCUCCAUUUAAAUAGCACUGGCUAAACUAAACCACCAAAAACUAUCUAGAAGAAAGAAAUUUGAAAGUAAUACAUUCAGAGGAUGAUAAACUUGCACUGAUAGAUCCUAUGUUAACAUCCAUCAAAAUAAGACAUUACUUCAAAAAUCAUAUGAUUCUGCAAAUAAGUUUGUUCUUACACUUUGGAGACUUGAGCUGUCAUUGAGUGCUUUGUCCGUCCCCCCUCUUCCCCCACCAAUGCCUGAGUGCAUUAAUGAAUAUCGUUAAGCUAUUGGAAAUGAAUCUGAUAGUUACAUUGGCUUGUGUAUCAAAGGGUAUUUGGUACUUGACUUAGUUUGCAUUACUAUCAUGAUUUUAUGAAUCUCUUGCAUUUACUUUGAAGGUCAAGUUAGAUUGGCCUGUUUUAUAGGCCACUUUUCCUUCUGAUAUGUAGGGGUUUUUUUUUUCCAUUUUUAUGUUUUUCAAUUUUAUACAUUCAGGUUACUAUAGGAGUUCAUUUAAAUUUGGACUAAUUUUCAUUCAGUGCUAUGCGGUACAUUUUAACUGUUAGGGCAAGAUUCCCAGGUUUACUGUGUUUUUUCAGAAAGCUGAAUAUUUUAUUAUGUAAAUACUUCUAUCCCCACUUUCUGUGGUUUCACCAUUGCAUGAGAUCAUUUAAGGUUAUUUAACAGUUACAUCACUCAUGCCAGUAAUUGUACACUAAACAUGAAGUUUGGCAUAUGUUGCAAAAUGUUAUUUUGUCCUUUAAAAGGCUUUAAGAAGAGAGUAUACUAGCAAUCUUCACCUUGAUGUUCAUUUUGAUUGUGAAAAAAAAAACCCAGUAUUUUUAAAAUGCUAACUAGUCCAAGAUAAUAAUGCAUAUGCCAAAGAAAUAUUAAGCCUAGUCCCAUGGUUAGAUUUUAAAAUUGGUCACCUACUCAUUCUUACUGCCCCACUUCCAGUACUUUAACAAUGUUGUUUUUAAAUUCCGAUCUCCCUGGUUAUUUUUUUAUGUUGAAAAGUUAAGCUACCUGCUUGAAGAUAUCCUCUUACCUUUUAUUCAUCAGUAGUUUUGCAAAAAUUAACAUGGUAGUCGUCAUUUGAGUUUAAUAAGGUAUCAUAACUUUUUAAUUGACGGACUAGUAAUUUUUACUGUACGCAGACAUUUUAGCCAGUCUGCCCAACUUGGUCUUCAUUACUCAAUUUUUAAACAUCAAAACAUCUAAAUUUACGUAUGUGGGUAAAAAUUAACAAACUUGUGAUAUUGUGGCCUAUUUUAAAAAGUUACAAUAUAUAUUGACUAUCACUAACAGUGGUAAUUUUCUCUUUGAAAUCAUCACUUUUGUUUAUGGCAAAGUUUGGUAUAGUGUGCAGUAUUUAGUUCUAGAUUGACCUUAUUCUUAAUCACAAAGUGAUCAAAGUAUGUACAACCAAAGCCAGCCAGGUUUUGUCUUGUUUUGUUUUUCAUUCAUUCAGCAACUAUUUAUUAAGCAUCAACUCUGUGCCAGGCACAUUACUGGCUUCUACACAGUCUGAAUAAGACAUGGUUAAGUAACUUUACAAUAGUUAUCAAAUACUUUAAUGUAGGUAUUUCUUAAGUUGAAAUAGCAUUCAUUAAAUUAGGAUGAUGCUUUCAUGUUAUUUUACUAUUGUGUUGGAUAUCGUCUUGGACCAUCUAUAACUGGGUUGCUAUAAAAAGAGCAGGAUGAAAUUAAUAAAGAUAAUUCAAUUUAAAACUAGAAGAAGGGUAAGAUCUCUCCAAUAUAAAAUGGAUUACAGUACAUUAACUUUUAUACAUCAGUAUAUUACAUAUAUCAACUAGCCCUCAAACAUUUAAGUGCUGGAAAUUUUACUUAAGCUGACUUUUUACAACUUUAGAAACUUUUGAGGGGAGUAAGUAAAAUUACUUGUCAUUUGCCUCUUACUCAAAACUUCAAGUAAAAUACACAUUUUCAAAACGAAGCACCUUUUAUAUUGAUAAGUGUUCAUUACAAACCUUAGAAUGCUAGUCACAGAGGAGUUGUCUUUCUGUGGUGUAGCAAACGUUUAUCUUACUUUUUGGAAGAGUGUGAUUGCAAGACAGGAAGUGAGAAAACAACUGCCAGCAGUGAUUGCUACUUGAAGUAGUUUUUUAUAACUACCAUUCCCCCCAUGCGGUUAUGUGAAAUUUCUUUUAUCUUUGGACAAGGUGAAGAGAAGAUAGUAAAUGAAUUAGGAAUUUAAAAUUACAGGGAAAAAUAUAUAUGUGAAAAGCAAUAAAUAUUUUGUUCACUUUGCUAUCAAGAUGUUCACUAUCAGAUAUUUAUUAUACAGCAGCAAUUUAUAUUUUUAAUCAUUGCCCAUUAAUAGACGCAGUAAAAUAUUUUUGAAUCAGACAUUUGGGGUUUGUAUGUGCAUUAAAAUUGUCUUUUGUACUGUAAGUUACUGUUUAAUUUGAAUAUUUUAUCCAAACUGUCUCCCUGUGCCUUUACAAUAUAAAGUUGUUUCUACAACUUUAAUGAUCUUAAUAAAGAAUACUUUAAGAAUCACA